GGAAUAAAAGUCCAGACCAGAUGUCCCAAAACCCCUCUUGAACCAAAACUGAAACCCUAAAUUCUUAUUUUCCCAUGGCUGUUCUUCAAUUUUGAAAGCUUAGCUCUCAGAAUCCCUCCAAAGUAUGUCUUGGCAUUGAUGAUCGGAAUUACUUGAUCCUUACAAUUCAGUUAUCUCUGAUGGAUGAAGAUAUAAUAGUGUGCGAGAUACUCAGCAGACUCCCUGUGAAGUCACUCAUGCGGUUCAAAUCUGUAUGUAAACAUUGGUGUUACUUAAUCAAACAAGAUCCGUAUUUCAUUGAUUUACACUUUUCUCGAUCUGAAUCACAUCAAUGUCUUUUCAUCGUUGAGUUACAACAAAGUAUUGGAGGAGUUGGAGGUGACAUUAUUUGCAGAGGACGUCGAGCGCAAUUCGUGGCAGCUGAGUUGUCGCCGGGGGAACGAGGACGAGGUACAGUAACAUCAACAAUUCAUACUAUGAGUAAAACUGAUUUGUUUAGUUACAAUACUAUUGUUGGAAUCGUAAACGGAUUGAUCUGUUUUCUUGAUCAUAACAAACAUGCUGUUUGCAUAUACAAUAUUAGCACGAGAGAUCAAAUUACACCUUGGAUUAAAUCAACUUUGUCAAUGGAAGAGAAAUUAAUUGGUGAAGUUAGUGGUUCUUGUGUUUAUAAAUUUGGUUUUGAUUCGGUCAGUAAGGAUUAUAAAGUGGUAGGCAAGUGGAAAAUUUUGGAUGAAUUUGAAAUUUGGGGGGUCUUGACUGUUGGAGAAAAUACAUGGAGAAAGAUUGAUGAGGCACCGCCUUGUUAUAUUGGAGCAAGUGCGCCUUCUGUUUAUGUGAAUGGUUUUAUCUAUUGGUUCCCAAAUAGGUAUACCGGUGAUGCUGGAUUUAUAGUGGCAUUUGAAGUUGGAUGUGAAAAGUUCAGAACGAUUCAAGUCCCUACUUUCAUCCUUUGUCAGCGCUCGGAUUAUGAUGGUGAUAAAGUUAAUGUUCGUCUGUUAGAAGUGAAUGGGAGUGUCGCUAUAUUACGUAGAAUGACUGUUUGUGAUAUCAAGUUGUGGAUAUAUGGACACAUUGACAAGGAGAGUAGUAAAGCUACCGCUAUAAAUUCUGGUGAUAAGAAUUGGACUGAAAAUAAAAUCACAUUGCCUGCAGUUUGUUGGGAUCGAAAUCGAUUUCUUUGUUGUGAUCCAAUCAGCGGGACAGACCAAAUAAUCUUCGAAAUCCACCAAAAGAACUCUGAUGCACUUCCAGAUUCGGUGUAUUUAUAUUCUUAUGAAUUGAAGAGUAAGAAUUUCAAGCCGAUUAAAAUCAGUGGGAUCCCAUCGUCAGUUCCUAUUGAUGACACCAAAACUAAACUCUGUAGAUCAUUCAGUGAAAGCCUUUAUUCCUUUUCAGCCGCAGAAAAGAAGCAAGGAAUCAUUUGUCUGGACUCACUCUCUCGGAAGUAAACCUACCCUCCUCCGCAAUUGGAAAACCAGGAAAACUAGCCAUUGCAAGCUGUGCCAGUCUACUCAUUUUGCGGUUAGGCUCCAUAAUAUUUUCUUUUGGUCACUGUUCUUCCAGUACAGCAUGAAUGGUGUGUGAAUAUCGACCCAUCUACUUGAAUUUUGAACAAGAGAUGAGGGAAAUAAUCGCAGUGAUGGCAAGUCAAGCUUCAACGGUUUGCGAACAAGAGUGGAUGAGAGCUUCAUGGGUGGAACUAACACUACAACAUUCUUGGUCUCAGUGUCUCAGUACUGAAAGCGCCAAGGUAAGACUUAAGUGCAGCAGCUGCACAAACACAUAACUGGUGUGUCCUUGUCGCAUACUGUACAGAAUCAAGGGGGGGUGAUUAUGUGGGACCCAUUGUCUUCACGGGAUGCACCAGGAGGAGGUCCGGACCCAUUGCCUUGUCUUCAUGGGAUGCACCGGGAGGAGGUCCAGGACCCGCCUUAUGGCUUAGAGAUGAACUUGGUGGGAUCCAUGUUAGACUCUGGGGAACUGACUCUAUGUUGUGGCUCGUAGAGUGGGCCCGGCUGCCCGCAUGAUAUUUUGCAGUGAGUCGUAUUAAUGUUGACUGAAUAUAGUUUUUAAGGGUUUGGAAAUGAGGUCACUCAACUUGCCUUGGUUUCUGCAAUUUUUAGAGUAGCUUUAACGACUCAAAUAUAUCUAGCGGUUUUGGUGGUUUUGGAUCCGCAUGCGAGCGGUUAAUAAAUUGUAAAAGGAAAUUGUUUAUCUUAUGAAAGCCAAAAAGCAAUAAAAUAUUGGUGCGGUGGAACAAA